CGGCGCGCGGGCCCGAUGGUCCGCCCCGGGCCCAAGGAGGCCAGGCCCGCGCCUCUCGCCUGGACUAGCCGAGCCGCCGCCCCCGGCUUGGCAGGCUGGGCGGGCGUUGUCGCCCUGAGAACCGUGGCGACGACGUGCGGCGGCAUGGACUACCUGACCACGUUCACCGGCAAGAGCGGCCGGCUGCUGCGGGGCACGGCCAGCCGCCUGUGGGGGCUCGGCGGCGGCGGCGGCGGCGAAGAAGCUCGGCAGGUGCGCUUCGAGGACUACCUGAGGGAGCCGGCUCCGGGCGACCCCGGCUGCGGGCCCACCGAGCAUCGGCCACCCUCGCCCGACAGUCCCUUGGGACCCGACACUGGCCAAAAGAAGACCCUAGACAAGAAAGAUGGGCGAAGAAUGUCUUUUCAGAGGCCUAAGGGAACGAUGGAGUAUACUGUUGAAUCAAGGGAUUCUUUGAAUAGCAUAGCCCUGAAAUUUGAUACAACGCCCAAUGAACUUGUUCAGCUAAAUAAGUUAUUCUCCAGAGCAGUUGUGACUGGGCAGGUUUUAUACGUCCCUGACCCUGAGUAUGUCUCCAGUGUUGAGAGCUCACCAUCUCUGAGUCCAGUCAGUCCUCUGUCGCCAACAUCAUCUGAGGCUGAGUUUGAUAAAACCACUACUCCCGAUGUUGUCCAUUCAAAAGAAGCACUGCCCUCAUCUACUGUUAGCAGUAUUCGGCCUGCAAGAGUUGUGUCUUCAACCUCUGAGGAAGAAGAAGCAUUUACUGAGAAGUUUCUCAAAAUUAAUUGCAAAUAUAUCACCAAUGGCAAGGGCACUGUCAGUGGUGUGCUGCUAGUCACACCAAAUAAUAUAAUGUUCGAUCCACAUAAAACAGACCCCUUGGUUCAAGAGAAUGGCUGUGAGGAGUAUGGCAUCAUGUGUCCAAUGGAAGAGGUGAUGUCAGCUGCCAUGUACAAAGACAUUUUGGAUAGCAAAAUAAAGGAAUCCUUACCCAUAGAAAUAGAUCAGUUGUCAGGAAGGGACUUCUGCCAUUCCAAGAAAGUGACAGGAAUCAGUGCGGACGAAGUGGACUCGAGGACCCGCGAUGCAGGUAAUGACAGUGGCAGCACGGCUCCCAGGAGCACGGAGGAGUCUCUCUCCGAGGACGUCUUCACCGAGUCAGAACUCUCUCCUAUUCGGGAGGAGCUCCUCUCCUCAGAGCUGCGGCAAGAUAAAUCAUCAGACGCAUCAUCAGAGUCUGUGCAAACUGUCAGUCAGAUUGAAGUCGAAUCGGUGGCUGCCAAAUCAGAGUCUGUUAACAUUCCUGACCACAUUAUCUCCAAUACUGGACCUUCUUCAGACAAAGGGGCUUUGUCUCAUGAAACUGAUUUAAGUAGUCUUGAACUAGCCACUAAAGAAGGAGAUAAGGCUACAGAAAAACGUGAAGAAGUCUCAGGCCCUAAAGAACAAAGCACAGAUGGAAAAGGUCAGGAUGAGCGGAGUUCUUUACAUCAUGAGAACUCACUACAAGGAGAGGGUGGAGAAGGAAAUGUAGCUUCUGGAGAAACAAUGGGACAGAAGGAAAAGCAAACCGUGGAAAAGGAUAAACAAGGGAAAGAGCAGAAACAGGACUCAGAGACCGAAGUAGAGGAGCUGCGCAAGCUCUGGAAAACUCACUCUAUGCAGCAAGCUAAGCAGCAGAGAGACAGUAUUCAGCAGGCGUCACUGAAGGAAAGUAAGCAUAAAAGCACCCCUGCAGAUGGACAUGCCGAUGGCUCUUCACUUUUAAGGGAUAAGAGAAGGCACCGAUUACACAAAUUCCUGUGUCUCCGAGUUGGAAAACCGAUGAGGAAAACGUUUGUAUCUCAAGCCAGCGCUACGAUGCAGCAGUAUGCACAGAGAGAUAAGAAGCACGAAUACUGGUUUGCAGUGCCGCAAGAAAGAACAGAGCACUUGUACGCCUUCUUCCUUCAGUGGAGUCCAGAGAUAUAUGCAGAGGACACUGGUGAAUAUUCCAGAGAGCCUGGAUUUAUAGUAGUCAAAAAGAUCGACGAGUCAGAAACAAAUGAAGAUCCCGCUGGUGAUGCCGCAGCCAGGGAAUGGGAGGUAGUGUCGGUGGCUGAGUCUCACCGCAGGAUCGAUGCUUUAAACACUGAAGAGCUGCGCACACUCUGCAGACGCCUCCAGAUCACUACAAGGGAAGACAUCAACUCAAAGCAGGUUGUUCCAGCAAAAGCCGACCUGGAGUCUGAAGCUUUCCGACCAAACCUAAGCGACCCCAGUGAACUCUUACUGCCUGAUCAGAUUGAAAAGCUUACAAAGCAUCUUCCACCAAGAACCAUUGGCUACCCAUGGACGCUUGUAUAUGGUACUGGGAAGCAUGGCACAAGUUUGAAGACCCUUUAUAGAACAAUGACAGGCUUAGACACACCAGUGCUGAUGGUUAUUAAAGACAGUGAUGGACAGGUCUUUGGUGCACUAGCAUCCGAGCCAUUUAAAGUAAGUGAUGGCUUUUAUGGUACUGGAGAAACCUUUGUUUUCACAUUCUGUCCAGAAUUUGAGGUCUUUAAGUGGACGGGAGAUAAUAUGUUUUUUAUCAAGGGAGACAUGGAUUCAUUAGCAUUUGGAGGUGGAGGAGGAGAAUUUGCCCUUUGGCUUGAUGGGGAUCUCUACCAUGGACGAAGCCAUUCUUGUAAAACGUUUGGGAAUCAUACACUCUCUAAGAAGGAAGAUUUCUUUAUCCAAGACAUUGAAAUCUGGGCGUUUGAGUAAAUGCAGUGCUCUCGGUCUUAGCAGGACAUCGGCCCAAACCUGAAUGGACAAAGCAUUGUUUGGAAUGUUCAAGAAGCAAUACAAUUAACAUGUCAUUUGUGCUUUCAAGUCAGUCGUUUUGCCAUUUACUACAGCUAUAAUUUUGAAGUUAAUUUUUCAAAUCAUGUUUCUGUCCCAGAGUUCUUUGUUUACACCAUGGCCCGGGUCCCUGUGGUAUAACAGCUGGGUGGAGUUUGGUCAGCAUAUUGCAGCAUUUUGAUCAUAGAGGCCGCCACAUUUUCAAUUUAUGUCCUCUCAGUCUCCUGAUUGGAUGGUGCUCUGUUGUUCAACCUUUUUUUUUUUUUUUCUUUUUUUCUUUUUUAAAAAUCUGUAGUUUCUUUUUAUAGAGCAGUAUACUUGGGGUAUUGAGGAAAUGGGAUGGAGAUACUUUUGUAUCUGGUGGAGUUGACAAGAGUGACAUUUGGACCUGCUUAUCAUUUUCUUCUGAGAAACAAUAUGCCAAAAGAAUAUCUGCUUCAUAGACCUCUUCUAGUUCUAAUUCACUACAGCAUUCUCUUUAUUCAUGUUGUAAACAUUCUCAGUUUCAUUUUAAGACAAUUAAAUUUGAAGAGAAGUCUGAUUGGCAUAGGCUACAGCACACAUGAUAUGCGGGUUUGGGCGCAUGUUUUCAUCACUGAAUUGUCAGAUAAAGAGUUACAAAUUGACAGAGGGAAAUGGGAAUUCGAUGAUUCUAUUGGAUUUAAUAUAUUAAGCAAGUAAUACUACUUACAUAUUUGUAGCUUAAUAGGGCAUUAUCAUAGGUACAAAAACUAAAACCUGCAUAUUUCUUCAACAUUGUGUCAGAUACACUGUUUUACAGUUCUGUUGCUUUAGCCUUGUUGCAUACCAACUCCCCCAAAUACAUUUUUUUUUCUGCUCAAAAGGAAAAAAAAUUGUUUUGAAAUAAAAGUUUGUUUUUUUUAAAGUGGUAUAUGUUAUUAGUUACCAUUAGCAUCUGCCCUUGGGAAAGGGCAGAGACUACUAGACAAUACUGUAACUCAGUAGACUUGGUGAAUGUGCAAGCUUCUGUCAAGUGGCCUCAAAACACGAAAAGGUAGAAUCAACUAGCAGCUGUAUCUUCUCUUGUAGGAAACCAACAAUAAGCCAUUGUGGCAACAUUCAUCAGUUCAAUUUCAGAGCUUCAUCUUAUGCAAAGAAUAAAUCCUGCUGUUAUACAUGUGACAGUGACUCUGUGCUGAAAAUCCAGCUGCUCAACACAAAUGUUGUAUAUCUUGUAAAUUGAUGUUUAAAGAUAGUUUUGUUCUUACAGAAAGUGUUGACUGCCAGGUUGCUUAUAGCACUUUAAAUUAUUCUGAAAAUGAAAUUACCAGCCACAUAUGUUGGCUUAAGUAGUUUUAGUUAUAUAACUUAAAAAUACCUGGUUCUUUUGGGAAAAUUCUAGAUACUUCCCUAAAGAAAGCAUAAUGCUAAUCAAAAAUCUGGUGUUCUGACAUGUUGUUUCUGAAGAUGAACAGAAACACGGGGCAUCAUUCCCUCGUCUGUGUAUAGCUCUCAUUACAAGUUAGGUAGUAGUGUCUAGGUUAAAUGUUUAUAAUGUAGGGAAUUGUAAAUAAAUGUACCCUUUCUCCUUUGGUCUUCCACAGCAGUAUUAUUGUCUUUGUGGAGGUGACUAAUCAUAAAUCUUUAAAACAUCCUGUAAUGGAUUUCAACUACAACAAGGUCAUAGAGAUGUAUACCAAAUAAAAUUAAAUGCAUAAAUGCAAA